GUUCAUUCAUGUGGUGGUCAUCACAGCCAGGCAGUAGCGCCCGUCCUGCAGCUUCGUCCUUCCUCUUGCGUCUGUUUGGCAGUGAAGACCCUCACCAUGCCUGGCGUUUUGUUGGGUGACGUGUUUCCAAACUUCGAGGCCGACACCACCAUCGGCAAGAUCAAGUUCCACGAUUUCCUGGGAAACUCAUGGGGUAUCCUGUUCUCCCACCCAAGAGACUUUACUCCUGUCUGCACCACUGAGCUGGCUUGUGCCGCUAAGAUCAGCGAUGAGUUCACAAAACGGGGUGUCAAGAUGAUCGCCCUGUCCAUUGACAGUGUUGAGGAUCACCGCAGUUGGAGCAAGGAUGUGAUGUCAGUGAGCGAUAAGGCAGAAAGCCCUCUGCCCUUCCCCAUCAUCGCUGAUGACAAGAGAGAGCUGUCGGUGCAGCUCGGCAUGCUGGACCCCGAUGAGAGAGACAAGGACGGGAUGCCCCUCACUGCCCGCUGUGUUUUUGUGGUUGGCCCAGACAAGAGGCUGAAGCUGUCCAUCCUCUACCCUGCCACCACAGGAAGGAACUUUGAUGAGCUGCUCAGAGUUAUUGACUCUCUGCAGCUCACCGCGCAGAAGAAGGUCGCCACACCUGUCGACUGGAAGCCCGGUGAGAAAGUCAUGGUCAUUCCCUCUCUCUCUGAAGCUGACGCUGCAGCCCUUUUCCCCAACGGUGUGACCACUAAGGAGGUGCCUUCUGGGAAGAAAUACCUGCGCUACACACAGCUCUGAAUUGAGAAACACAACAGCACAGUCCUGAGGGGCUCACUGAGCACUAAAUCCUGCUCUUUCUUUUGAACAAUAGUUUUUAGAACUGACCAGUAGGUGAUUUUACCUGACGUUAUUACUGGUGUAUUCAUCCAGGUUUAUAUUUCUAGUGAUGCCAUGUGCCCAGCGAUGGAAAAGUGAUAUUUACAGUAUCAUUGUACAGUGCCUUGCUUUCCUUCCCUUGAAUAAACACUUUUGUAAUGUUCUUUGAAA